CAAUAUUCAGGGAGGGACGAGGGGCAGAUUCCGCUCGCGCCAGGAGGUUGGCACGUGUGUGUUUUUGUAAGGCCCCAGUUGAAUAGACACCGCACAAGCACACGAUAAGACCUGCAAUUUUGCAUGGUGUACUAGGUUGUGGGGGCAGCGGCCUCAAAUUACUGACCAAAGCUUCGCAAUCACAAACUCUAAGGUUGACAAGUCUAAGAUGGCGAGUGCGCUGUAAUCGACAAAGCAGCAUAUCACAUAUCAAUUUCUCUUUAUAAGAACGUUUCUCAGUGCACUUGAAGACUGCGCUUUGCGAAGACAGAAUGACCAACCGGGCGACGUUGUCCCAAACCGCGACCUCGCUAACAAGUACCACUGGGCGGCGAGACAGGCUACAACGACAAGAAGACACAACGCUAUUUGGAUAUGAGUCUCCACCCGACACGCCAGCCCUGCAUCGCGACGUCUUGAAAUGGGUUCAAGGCCUGGACUUGUCGCAGUCGCUGAAGAACUGCAGGCGGGACGUGGCGAACGGCUUCCUAGUGGCGGAAAUCUUCUCAAGAUACUUUCCGGCUGACAUCCAGAUGCACUCGUUCGCCAACGCAGCCAGCUCGCAUUUCAAGCGGGACAACUGGACGCAGCUGCAGGCCUUCUGCGGGCGGCAAGGCAUAAACCUGCCCGGGGACCUGGUGGAGGGCUGUGUGCAGGGCGUGCACGGUGCCGCCAUUGCGCUGCUGGAGCACCUGUAUGAGGCAUUCACUGGCAAGAAGGUGCCGCGCCUCAAGGUGCCGGACGCGGCGGCAGCGGCAGCGGCGGCGGCAGCGGCACGCGGCGGCCCGGGUGCAGUGGGCGGCAGCGGCGAGGGCGCCAAGCUGAUCAGCAGCACGGUCAAGACGGCGCAGAACCUGGAGUUCGGGGCGGUCACCACACAGCAGCUGGCGGGCGCGGACGCCACGGCACUGCGGCGCAGGCUGGCAGGCGGGACCUCGUGAGCCGGCGGCGCGUCAGGGGUGGUGGGUUAGGGGAGGGCGGCAGGCAUGGGGAGUAAUGCCUAUAUGCUCGAUGGUGUAAUGUUUGCUGGUUUGAGUGCGCGGCUAGCUGCGCGUAUGACCGGCAGUGGGACUGCAAGGUGGCGAGCUAGACAGUGUGCUGCAAAUAUUCAAAGAGCCGGCCACUUCGGAGCCGGCGGCAGCACGGCUGGUUAACUGGCUCCCGGCCUGCGUAGACGAUGGUGGCGUAUGCGCGGGAUGCACUGGGCUGGGGAGCGGUGUCAAAUUAUGUAGGGUUGCGCGUGCAAGGACACAACAGACUCCGUGCCGUGAGCCAGGCGUGAUAUACGGUAGCUGUGGCGAUAGUGCUGGGCGCCCGAGAAGGAUGCCCGCGUCGGGAGCUGGAAGCCCGAAGGCGGGUCCCGAAGACGGGGCUUCUAGGAGCCAGGGCGAGGCGUGUGUGUUUGUGUUGUGUUGUGCUUAUGGGAGAGAAUAGGCUGUAGAGCCCCUCAGAACUGACUGCCUGAGUUGCGAGAGCACACUCCACGUUGGAUGUGACCAGGGAGUUUGUUGUGUCAUUCCACGCGCAAACAGCGUUCACAUUCUCGCUCGUGAGAGCCCGGGCAGAGAGCAGGUCCCAUGGGGCCCCGUCCGUGUGUGCCACACGUCAAGGCACACACGCUCACUUUAUUACUAAACUGCAAACU